GCGCACGUGGAGCUCGGACCUGGUGCUGAACGGCUUCCCGCUGCAGCAUGAUGUCAAAUCUUCGACCCCUUCGGCCACACUAUACUUUGCCGAGCUCCUCGUCCGCUUAACCAGCCGUAUCAUCCGAAACCCCUUCCUGCUCGGUACCGAUGCCGACACCGAUGCGGUGCGGCGUGCGAAAACAGCAGUGCGGCAGCAGCUCCUGUCUCUGGAAGGCCGCGAGCGCGCGCUGUGUGAGCAUGCGAAGCUG